AUGAACAUUCUGUUGGGGUUUUGUUAUAGAGGUUUAGUUGCUUCCUGUGAGCUUUUUGGGAAUACAAGUUCUUUCAAGUUACCUUGCUUGUCGUAUAAGCUCAGAAGAUGUAUUUUGUUCUUCUCUUCCAUCUUUGGCCAGAGUGGAAGCCAUUUUGAACCAAGGCCUGUUCCUCCGCCGCUACCAAAUAAGUGUGACUGGGAGAUUGAACCUUCUGAGUUGGACUUUAAAAAUUCAGCUACUAUAGGAAAGGGGUCCUUUGGGGAGAUACUAAAAGCCUGUUGGCGUGGAACACCUGUAGCUGUUAAACGAAUUCUUCCAAACCUCUCAGAUGAUAGAUUGGUGAUUCAGGAUUUCAGGCAUGAGGUAAACUUGCUAGUAAAACUUCGGCAUCCAAAUAUAGUUCAGUUCCUUGGAGCUGUUACUGAAAGGAAGCCAUUAAUGCUCAUUACUGAAUAUUUAAGGGGGGGUGAUCUACACCAGUACCUGAAGGAAAAAGGUGCACUUAGUCCGUCAACAGCAGUCAAUUUUGCAUUAGAUAUUGCCAGAGGCAUGGCUUAUCUUCACAAUGAACCAAAUGUCGUGAUUCACAGAGAUCUAAAGCCAAGGAAUGUUCUGCUUGUGAACUCUAGUGCAGACCAUUUAAAAGUUGGAGACUUUGGCUUAAGUAAACUCAUCAGGGUUCAAAAUUCACAUGAUGUGUACAAAAUGACCGGAGAGACCGGAAGUUAUCGGUACAUGGCUCCUGAAGUAUUCAAGCACCGAAAGUAUGAUAAGAAGGUUGAUGUGUUCUCCUUUGCUAUGAUACUAUAUGAGAUGCUUGAGGGUGACCCACCACUUUCACAUUAUGAACCGUAUGAUGCUGCUAAGUAUGUUGCAGAAGGACACAGACCUAUGUUUAGGUCAAAGGGCUUUACUCCUGAAUUGAGAGAGUUGGUUGAGCAGUGCUGGGCAGCAGAUAUGAAUCAGAGACCCUCUUUCUUGGAAAUUCUGAAGAGGCUGGAAAAAAUUAAGGAUACUCUGCCUUCGGAUCAUCACUGGCACCUCUUCACUUCAUAGCAUCCUAUCCUAAAAGAUAAUUGGAUGUGAAAAUCACAAAGUUUAUCAGCGAGCUUCCCAGUUCACCCCACACAUGCAAUCACGCAGAAAGGGUUGUGAAUAGACUUAACGAGGUUUCAGGAGUUCUGCUGUCACCAAUUCUUUUCCAUACUGUGGAUUUUGGUUUUAGGAGAUGGACAUCUUCGCUAGAUAUCUGAAUUAAUAUAGUUGCAAAUCUGAACUUGAUCCGGAAAUAUUCUAAGCUAGCUUGGUGAAAGUAACAUCUUCUAUGCUAUACUUUGGUCUGAUUUCUUAAGCCAGUGUUUGUUAUAAA